AUAGCCUUUGGACCCAAGAAUCGUUCGAUUGGUGCCGCAGCUAAAAGUCAGGUUAUUUCAAAUGCAAAGAAUACAGUACAAAGUUUUAAAAGAUUUCAUGGUCGUGCAUUCUCAGAUCCCUUUGUUCAAGCUGAAAAAGCAAGCCUUGCGUAUGAACUUGUCCAGCUGCCAACAGGCUCAACUGGCAUCAAGGCUAUGUAUAUGGAAGAAGAAAGAAACUUUACUAUUGAACAGGUGACGGGAAUGCUUCUUACCAAAUUAAAAGAGACUGCUGAGAAUGCGCUUAAGAAGCCUGUAGUUGAUUGCGUUGUUUCUGUUCCUUCUUUCUACACAGAUGCAGAAAGGAGAUCUGUGAUGGAUGCUACACAGAUUGCUGGUCUCAACUGUCUGAGACUAAUAAAUGAAACAACUGCAGUUGCCCUUGCAUAUGGGAUCUAUAAGCAAGACCUGCCUGCCUUGGAAGAGAAGCCACGGAAUGUUGUUUUUGUGGAUAUGGGGCAUUCUGCAUAUCAAGUUUCUGUUUGUGCAUUCAACAAAGGAAAACUGAAAGUUCUUGCUACAUCAUUUGAUACAACACUUGGAGGCAGAAAGUUUGAUGAGAUGUUAGUUGAAUACUUUUGUGAAGAAUUUGGAAAGAAAUAUAAACUAGACAUAAAGUCAAAGAUUCGUGCGUUGUUGAGGCUAUACCAGGAAUGUGAAAAACUGAAAAAAUUGAUGAGCGCUAAUGCCUCUGAUCUCCCGAUGAACAUAGAAUGCUUCAUGAAUGACAUAGAUGUCUCUGGAACAAUGAACAGAAGCAAAUUUUUAGAGAUGUGUGAUGGACUCCUUGCAAGGAUAGAACCACCCCUUCGCAGUGUGCUGGAGCAAGCCAAGUUAAAGAAGGAGGAUAUUUAUGCAGUAGAGAUAGUUGGUGGUCCUGCUGUAAAAGAGAAAAUCAGUAAAUUUUUUGGCAAAGAAGUCAGUACAACUUUGAAUGCAGAUGAGGCUGUUGCACGAGGCUGUGCGUUGCAGUGUGCUAUUUUAUCCCCGGCUUUCAAAGUGAGAGAAUUUUCUAUCACAGAUUUGAUACUGUAUCCUAUUUCUUUACGAUGGAAUUCACCAGCAGAGGAAGGGUUAAGUGACUGUGAGGUCUUUCCCAAGAACCAUGCUGCUCCAUUUUCUAAGGUCCUCACAUUCUACAGAAAGGAACCUUUUACUCUUGAGGCGUACUACAGCUGUCCCAAGGAGUUGCCUUACCCAGAUCCUGCUAUAGCUCACUUCUUGGUUCAGAAGGUCACUCCUCAAACAGAUGGCUCCAGUUCAAAAGUGAAAGUCAAAGUUAGAGUAAAUAUCCAUGGUAUCUUCAGUGUUUCAAGUGCAUCAUUAGUGGAGGUUCAUAAAUCGGAUGAGAAUGAAGAGCCUAUGGAAACAGAUCAGCAUGCAAAAGAGGAAGAGAAGAUGCAAGUAGACCAGGAAGAGCAACAAAAGACUGAAGAACAACAGCAGGCCCAACCUGAAAAUAAGGCAGAGUCUGAAGAAAUGGAGACGUCUCAGGCUGACUCGAAAGACAAGAAAGUGGAUCAACCACCUCAAGCCAAGAAGGCUAAAGUAAAGACUACUACAGUGGACCUUCCCAUUGAGAAUCAGUUGGUGUGGCUAGGGAAAGAUAUGCUGAACUUAUUCAUUGAGAAUGAGGGUAAAAUGAUAAUGCAGGAUAAGCUAGAGAAAGAGAGGAAUGAUGCCAAGAAUGCUGUGGAAGAAUAUGUGUAUGAUAUGAGAGACAAACUCUGCGGUAUUUAUGAGAAAUUUGUUAAUGAAGAUGAUCGAAAUAGCUUCACGCUGAAGCUGGAAGAUACAGAGAACUGGCUUUAUGAAGAUGGUGAAGACCAACCCAAACAAAUUUACAUUGAUAAAUUGACUGAGUUGAAGACUCUGGGUCAACCGAUUCAGGCUCGAUUUCAAGAGUCAGAGGAAAGACCAAAAGCAUUUGAGGACCUAGGGAAGCAAAUUCAACAGUACAUGAAAAUUGUUCAUGCAUUCAAAGCAAAGGAUGAACAGUAUGACCAUCUAGAUGAAGCAGAUGUAGUGAAAGUGGAGAAGAGUGCAAAUGAAGCUAUGGAGUGGAUGAACAACAAACUUAAUCUUCAGAACAAGAGAAGUCUUACUUUGGACCCAGUUAUAAAAGCUAAAGACAUACAAGCUAAGACUAAAGAAUUGACAAGUACUUGUAAUCCUAUAGUCACAAAACCAAAACCCAAAGUUGAGCUCCCGAAGGAGGAGCAGAAACCCCCUGAACCCAACGGACCAGUAGCUGGGCAGGGAGAAGCCAGCGGUGGGGCCCAGGCCCCUGACCAGGAGGGGGGUGCUGCUGCUGCCCCUGAGAAAAAGCUUCCUGAAAUGGACAUUGACUGAAUUUCAGCACUUGUUUAUAUUAUUGCAAACUACAAUAAAGCUUUAAGUUGU